CCGUGUGUAGACUCAGCCAAUGUCGUCGUGGUGACGCUGUCGAGGCAGGAUUCAGAAGGGCUUGAUCAUAAUAUUUAACACACCCACCCAGGGAGAGCAGUAGUUCGACUAGCCUGUAGGCAGAGGUAUAGCUACGAGAGCUAAAAAAAAAAAAAAGCGAAAAAAGAUCUGCACCUGCCAAAAAAUCUGUCACUUAUUGUUACUGUUGUCCGCAUUCUUCGUUUUCACGCGGACGAUAGCAGCAGGGCGUGCUAAGCACCAGAUCGACAACUUGUUUUGUCGAGCGAAGGUUGGUCACCGGUGUUAUUUCAAACUACUCGGUCAGAUUGCUUCGCUUCCUUAUCGCUGGUUUUGAUAAGCCUAUUCAGUUGUGGGGCGCUGCGCGAAACGAGGACUUUGCGAGUACACUUCACGCAAAACUGUGUAAUUGUGGGUGUAACUGAGGACCAAAGCAACGUUCGGUGUUGUUUUUUAUACUCGUAAGGAAGGACUGAUUGGACACAUGGAUUGUCUAGGAUGGUGAGAGAAGGACUCAGUAGCCACGGCAGAAUACGGGUUCUGAAGAUGGAGCGGCGCUGUCGAGACUUUGACCACACGCACAACGGAUGAUUCUCUCAUAAACAUUUUAACCUGUAUGUACUUUAAUUUAAGACUGCUUUCGUAGAUUAUUCCCGAGAAUAUCCCUAGUGCCUCGAGAUGAAACACUUCGUUAACCGAUUGGCGAAAGUAUACAAGCGAUGAAGCCGGCUGUUUAUAAGGUCCGUUGGUCAAUACCGAGACGAGAUAUCUCACCUGGAUGGAUGUGUGCAAUUGUAUCUUUUCUGUAACAGUCCGUCGUUUUGAUUCGGAUUUCUACAUACAACGGGGAUUGUUUGGGGGUUAAAUAUUCACGUCCUCUGCCACCUACAAAUGAAGACAGCACGGUGUUUAACUCGUAUCACUUUUUUGCAACUUGUGUGAUAAACACCAUUGGUCAUGUAGUGAGCUUCGUGAUUUGUUUCAUUAUUUAAAUGCAUGUAUUAUUAAAGUAGGAGCAAGCAAGAUGAUUCUAUUCCGUAAAUUCCGAGUUUUAAUUCUUAUGGUAUUUUUGAUUGCGUGCACCAUGCACAUAAUGAUAGACUUAUUACCGAAACUAGAAAGGCGAGCGGCUGCACCUAGCGUGGGCAACAGCGGCUGCUCGUGCUCCCACAAGCCGAGCGAGGAGCCCAAGAGCUGGGGCAAGCAACGAGCCAUGUCGGCGGCAGAGUCUGGGUGGCCUAAUAAGCACACGUUGAGGAUCCUGCAAGAUUUCAGCAACGAGCCGAGCUCAAAUCUCACGUCGCAUUCCUUGGAAAAAAUUAUUGGGGACAAAACGGAGGCUUUCAAAAGACUGGAACAAUUUGCGAAGGAUGCUGAAGUCCAGAAACGUCUUAUCAAAGAUAAGAGUGACAGUAAGAAUUUACCUGUCAAGGGGUUCUCUCGGCUGUCUGCUCUUUUUGAACACCCUCUGUACAAGAUGGAACUGCCGCCGCUCACUGACGAAGACACCUUGUUCAACGUCAACACUGACAUCAGAUUCUACCCCAAAGCCACUGAGAAUCAGGAAUGGCCAAGAGAGGGCGCUGAGGAGGACGAGUAUGCUCCGACUGGAGAGUCAGCCGCGGACUCCUACCCGAACUGGCUCCGCUUCCACAUCGGGAUCAACCGGUACGAGCUAUACUCCCGCCAGGACCCGGUCACGGACGAGCUGCUCAAGGAUCUGGUCACUCAGAGGAUCACCAGCGUUGCCAUGAAGUCUGGUGGAACCCAACUGAAGCUCAUCUUGACCUUCCAGAACUACGGCCAGGCCCUGUUCAAACCCAUGAAGCAAACAAGGGAGCAGGAGACGCCUCCGGAUUUCUUCUACUUUUCCGACUUCGAGAGGCACAACGCCGAGAUUGCCGCCUUUCACCUGGACAGAAUCCUGGAUUUCCGAAGAGUGCCCCCAGUGGCUGGGAGGCUUGUCAACAUGACAAAGGAAAUCCGCGAUGUGACCCGCGACAAGAAACUGUGGAGGACGUUCUUCAUCUCGCCAGCCAACAAUGUCUGCUUCUACGGGGAGUGCUCGUACUACUGCUCCACUGAGCACGCUCUCUGCGGGAAGCCCGACCAGAUCGAGGGCUCGCUGGCUGCCUUCCUCCCGGACCUGGCCCUGGCCAAGCGCAAGACCUGGAGGAACCCCUGGCGCCGCUCGUACCACAAGCGCAAGAAAGCCGAGUGGGAGGUAGACCCCGAUUACUGUGAUGAGGUCAAGCAGACACCCCCCUAUGACACCGGGACACGCCUGCUGGACAUCAUGGACAUGACCAUUUUCGACUUCCUGAUGGGUAACAUGGACCGACAUCACUAUGAGACCUUUGAGAAGUUCGGAAACGACACCUUCAUCAUCCAUCUGGAUAAUGGGAGAGGGUUCGGAAAGUACUCCCAUGAUGAGGUCUCCAUUUUGGCCCCUUUAAGCCAGUGUUGCCGGGUCAAGAGGUCGACCUACCAGCGCCUCCAGCUUCUGGCGAAGGAGGAGUACAAGCUGAGUGGCCUGAUGGCGGAGUCGCUGGAAAGGGACCGGCUGGCGCCCGUCCUGUUCGGGCCGCACCUGCAGGCCCUGGACCGCCGGCUGCGCCUCGUCCUGCAGGUGCUGGCCGACUGCAUCGAAAAGGAGGGCUACGCCAGCGUAGUGGAGGACCUAGACGAGGACAGCAGCCGCCGCACGGCGCCGCGGGGGGCCAGGUAGUGGGCUGCAGCCCCCCGGGAACGCCCCUCCCCCCCCUCCCAACCUCGCGCCACGCAGGUCUCGCAAAAACUGCGCUUUUAAAAAACUCACGCCGCUGUCUGAAUUCAGUGAAUUCCGAGACUCGCCAACGAUGCCUCCCUCACCUCCACUUGUGGUUUUACAUACAGAAAUGUAAACCCACACAUACGUAAGGAGAGGCCAUAGAUAAGGUCUCACUAACUGAAAGGUUGCGUCGCAUAUUUAUUUUGGGGUAUGUCUGUUUUUUUGUUUUUUUAAUCAAAGGCUAAGACUUCGAAUGGAGUGCUGGUUUGCUCUGAAACACGUGUGUUACGUCCUGCCAAAGUUGGUCAACCUGAAAUUAUUUAUUAACUUAUUUAUUUAAAAAACUCUAUGAUCCACAUGGACACAGAACUACAUACAGAUCUGCACUUCGUUUUAUUGGCCUGUUGUGUGUGGCAAAGGACUGCUACACAAGCCCAUGAAAAAUUACAUUAAGUUAUGGGUGACAUAAGUCAAAAGAGGUGUGAUGUAUUAAAAUAUUUCUGAUUCUGGCACUUACCCAUGAUGUAAUUUUAUACAUCUACUAAAGUGUGAUGAAUGGAGUCCUCAUGCACUAAAGCUCAUUUUGUACAUCCACAUUCUGAAGUAAAUAAUCUUUUAUUCCACACUAUUUUAUUUAACGAGAAUGAUCACGCUUUAUAUGAAGUGCUCCUUCAUAAGGGCACUUAUAAACACAUAAACACAACACAUUGAGGAGCAUGAUGCGAAUAUAAAGUGUUCAUAAUCAUUUUUGGGGGAAGUUGUUUGCGUUUAGCACUUUACAUCAGCCUCCAUAAAGCACUGCAUUUUCCCAUAAGCGCUUUGUAAAGUUUGAGUGUGACGUUCUUGAAGGUAUUUGGUCAUCAAACCUGUUUUCUGAAUCCAGGUCACGGUGUUAUACAUGAGACGAUAUGCUUUAAGUUUCAGGCUGGGACUAUGAAUUGGGUGGGUGCAGAUUCCUCUGGCUUUCAUCUACUCACCAGUGAAAUCCUCUUGCCCAGUGUUAAUCAAUCUGACAAGCAAGACACGCUACUAAAAAGAUACAAGUAAAGGUGUUCCUUCAAGCAAGUACUUGUUAAUAUCAAUUUAAAUGCACUGGGACAGCUGUCCCAGUAAGCACAAAUAGCAAUUUAAUUAAUUUAAUUAAUUUAGGGGCUUUUGAAUGUUUUAGGCAGCUGACAGCAAAUGUAGGCAGAGUCCUACAGCUCAGACCCGGUUCAAGUCAGCUGUGUCAUUCACCUUUAAUGACCAGUAUUGUCCAUGGUAACGGACCACAGCUGGCUUUGUUCCACUGGGGUUGGAUAGUUAUUGUCAGUGAAGGUUCCCUUGUCACACCAGUCUCUGUACCUUUGCGAGUCACCAGGCACCUAAGAGUUGCGCAGAUGACAUCAAGGAGAUUCUCAUUCUCAUGUUGCAUUGUGGGAAUUGUAGUGUGCACAAUAGUAAUUGUUGGUGUUUGGGAAUUCCAAGGAUUGCAUUCGUUACACCCCAGUACUUCUGGGCGAGUGCAAAGGUUAUCAAGGUGAGACAAGUCCAAUGAGGACCUUCCAAUUUUAAAAACAGGGGUUUAACGGGUACAAAAGGAUAAAACUUACUGUAAGAAAUACCUUUACUUGUAUUUUAUCUCUCAGUACAAACACACUUCCAGCAAUGAAUUUCUUUCAUGCAGUGCAGCAGACAAUUGUUAAGCGAUAUCUAAUCCAGUUCCAUAUUCAGUCAACAGCUCAGUUAAACCAUGCUGACAGCUCAGCUGGUGAGAAAUCCAAGGUGCACGUGGGGUGCUCAGGACCACGACUGGGAAACACUACUCUAUCCAACUGCAUUAUAUUAUCCUCUAGCUUAGCAGAAGCCUGUACACAGGGUAACCUUCAUAGAUAUUUUACAUAACUGAUGAUUGCUUAUAUCCACUGACUGCUUAUAUCAACUGAUUUCUCAUAUUUUGCCCAAUGAUUGCUUAUAUCCAGUAACUGCUUAUUACCAACUGGGUGGUAGCCUUACAAAGCAGUAGUAUAAAAGAUGAUUAAUAUCAAAAACACUUAUACCAAAUGGCUCAGUCUGUCAGUCCUGACAUAAUUAUUGCCUGCAGCCCAGUGACCUGAAUAUUUCCACCUGCUGCUUUUGAGAUUUACAAGUUUGUUGCACUGGAAUGUUGUUGUGGUUUACUCGUAUGAUUUUGUUGUGGUGACACUGUUGUGCAAUUUGUGAAUAUUUAACAUGCUUACAGGAAGGUAUAAUGAUGAAGAAAAGUGAUGAAAUAUUAGAGGAAUGUAAUUAUUUGUUAAAGAGUUUGGUUUCUACUGCUCUAUUUAAAUUUGAUUGAAAAUGAUUUACACUUACAGGUGAUAAUCUAGUGUUACCAUGCUGUUAGUUUGAACUCAGUGGGAGCAAAACAAAAAUAAUCGGUAAUAACCUUUUAAGAACUGUUCAAAGGUAUAGGAAGGAGGUGCUGUUCCAUAUCGUUGGAGUAAAGAGAAAGAUGUCUGUAUAUACAUACAUAAUUUCUCAGUCGUAUGUCUAAUAAUUAAUUUUUCUCUUGUGUGUUUCUCUGGUGGAUGUUAGGGUUAGCACGGCUAAAUCAGUGUUAAACCCUCAAAACCAAAGCUAUAGGAGAAUAUAGUUUUUGCCAUAAGACGUUCUGAGGGAAGAAGCCUGGUUGUAUGAGUUUUGCUAUGACAUAACUGGGGUGGUAAACAACUGUCAUGCCAACUGUGUGAAUGGAGCAAAGGCCUCAGCCUCAGAACAGGAAACCAACAUGGACAUCAUUCCUCGGCAGGACACUCUCUCCUGAUCUGAGACACUGUCUGCUCUAAUCAAUGAAUGAUUUCUUACUCAAGGACAAUGAGGGCGAGUUUCUUGUAAACAUGGGGGGAUUUUUUUUGCAAGAGACCCCUGCCUCAUUGGAAAGAAGAAAUGGGUACCAGGUCUUCUCAGGCACACAGCUACGACACAAUGCACAGACCACCAUGUGCAAACUUUCCAGAUCAUUCCAUUUUCGCUUUCCAAAGAAACACUGAUCACUUACGUGUCCCUUUUAAACUCUAUGUUGUAGCCUACAUUUUCAGUCUUUUAAAAAUAUUAUAUACUGCUGCCUUAAUCAAAAGUUCAG